AUGGGCUCCAAAGCGUUGCAGGUUCUGCUGCUCGUUGUCUGUAUUGCGAGUGUUAGUUUUGCGAGACCGAUCCCACGUUCACAUAAAGUGCUGGACGAGGCUGAUUCUGGUUCGUCAUCAAGUCAAUUUUAUUUUGACAAAGAUGAUACCAUAGAAACAUCAGCGAUAGACGAAGCCGAUUCUGGUUCGUCACCCAGCGCGGAUCUUUUCAAAGAUGAUGGCAUACAAACAUCUGGCGAAACUGAAGAAGGAUCAGCAACAUCUKUCAAGACGUUUGAAAAUCUCGAAGAAGAUCAAGACGAGACGAAUCCGUUCUUCUUUGAAGAUAAUGAGGAAAUGGAGGAAGGAUCAACGAAAUCUGACCAGAAGUUUGAAAAUACCGACGAAGGUCAAGAGGAAAUAAAUCCGUUCUUCUUUGAAGGUCCUUAUCAAAGCAAUCUUUACGAGUCACAUGAUGACGAAGAUCACGAACCUUCAUUAUACUCGCGUCGUUUUCGUCAUGAUGAGACUUAAACAACCUCCAUCUCGGAUACAACAUAACCGGAUAUGACUAAAAUAAAUAAAACAAGGAUUUGACAUUGACUUGGAAUUUACACUACUUGGAUAAGACGUAAAGCGUAGACCUGAAGUUGGAAAACAUUUCCUGGAAAGCCACUARUUUUCCAAACAAAUAUUGGUAUCAC